AUGACAAAUAAUUUUUCUCCUAAUAGCGGUGGUUAUGAUCAUGGAAGAAAGUAUCAAGUUGGAUUUCUUGAGGUAGCAGGUAAUGCCUUUGACAAAGAUAUAACUAAUAGAAAUAUUGACUCGAAGAAAUUAUAUAAAGCUAUGGCAUUAUCAUUAUGGGAUCAAUAA